AUGCCACCAUCAAAUCUUCAGCCCGACAAGGAGUACACCAAAGAUUACGAGCCGUAUCGUAACAUUGGUGGACACAUUGGGAACAUCUUCGCAAGUGAUUGGUUACGUAACCUCUCUCCGAACUUGUUUCUCGCUCUCAUCUUUUGCUCAUCCAUACAUGCAAACUGCGUCUUCAUUCAACCCAGGUAUGCUACUACUACUCGUGCUCCAAGUACACCACGAGUUCGCACUUCGCCCACCAAAUCGGAUCCAUCUACAUUGCCGAAUUCUAACUCACAUCACCCCUUGUACCCCUUCAGAGGUACUUCUAACUAUCGGCACCCCUCCUAUGGCAAGGUCACAUCCUGCUGUGUUGAUUUCCCUGCCUCUCACCCUCUACGUUCCGAGAAUUUCAAGGGAUACGAGGCGUGGCAUGCUCUCACCUUUGGUCACGAAGCCUUCCCAGGUCAACACAAGUCUUCGCCUCAUCCGGAACUCAAGGGUUUCGAGUGGCUUCCUCAAGCACUGGUGGAAAUGGAUUGGUUUAGGAGGGAAUUGGCAUUGCUUGAGGACGCUCUCACAAGGGUCAGUUCGUUUCAACGUGACCAGCACUCACCUAGCCUCUAUGCAGUCAAUCAGGACUUAUUGGAUGAUCUAGCCGAUCUGUUGGAACAUUGUUUUUUGGUUGUGGAACGUGCUAGCGCACUCCCGAAGGAUAGCCAGCUCACUACUUCAAGGAGCCUACCUGACUGGGGUCGCAACAGCAGUUCGAGAUUCUGGCAACCUGGUUCCGAUGGGAUGUGGAGUCCAUCCUACACUACCUUGCUUACUGCUACAUACGUAGUGAUGAAUGUUCUCGUUCUGGUCCAUUCAUCCCCUCCUCAUCUAUCACUGGUUCAAGGUACUACAAAUAUUCCGAACUUCAAACCCCCGCCUCAAACAAGGAUUUCGAAAUGGGCACCCAUCACACCGAUCAGUGCCAGAUCAACUCCAUCGCAUCCGACAACUUGCGCAUCUACUCGUGCUGGUUCUCUCGGACUCCCCAACUUCGAACGCGCCCCUUGGGACUCCCACAGGACGAUGGCGCCCAAGGUUGACGAAGGAGUGCCCGCUGCAGAUGCCUGCUCUCAUGCAUCAACUCAAUGCGAAUUCCCCACUCACCGUGAUGUCGACGAAAUUCCUCCCUCAUGUUCUCCACAUCCUCGAGUUUCCUUUCCAUCAGUCCGCUUGAAAACACUGGUGACAAGUUGUUGGAUCCCACCACUCAAGGUCGUUUCAAACGGACCAAUUUCUCCAGAGGUUCUACAAAGGUUCCUCUCCAAUGCAAACUCAGUACGCAUCACGGAUCCGUUGCUUUCAUGCGACGAAACUCACCAGUUUGCAAAUCCGAACCAUUCAGAUCAUCAUGCUACUCCGAAAACAUGCACCUCGCCGACUCAAUCAGGUUCGAUCAUGUCCAUCGAUCAAACUCGACUUCGCGACCCGUCGUACUCCCAAGAGCGCGAGGACCCAAUGGAUCACGAAUGUGUAGGUUCUGAGAUGGACAAUGGCCACGAAGACAAUGCAGAGGAAGUGAGUAAUCAAAACCAACCUACUUUGCACGAGGAUAUCGCUGACGUUAUCGUCGGUAGUCCUGCCGCUAUACUGUCAGAUGACGCACCUUUGAAUUCGACAACUCGUUCACCCCCUCCUGCCAGUUCUCUCAGGACCUCUUGGAAUUCAUGCAAGGCAGCGACGCCGAACACUGGCGAGGUGCCCACUGUAGACACCAGUUUUCACGGACCAAAUCAACAGGAAAUUUUGACUUCUCGUCACAUCGACAAACCGCCUCCCUCCAAUUUUCCAGAAAUUUGUGGGUUCACUCAACCAACACGUUCAAUGGAUUCUUUGGCGGUUCACUUACCGAGAACAAACAUGCAACUGCCACCCUUCAAGGUUGCAAAUAGUGUCACAGCGCAAAGUUUAGAAGGGCUGCAAGAAGUUCCAUUCGCUCCAACGUUGGGUCUUCCUCACUGCUGUCAGGGUCCUCCCUCAACACUGUUAGGGUCCUCCCUUGCUGCCGUCAGGGUCCUCCCUCUCUCAUCGUCCCCCGCUUCCCUUGCCGCCUUGCCAUCCCCUUGUCCCCUCGUCGUUGACGUCUUCAUGGCCUUUGUCAUGUUCAUGCCUGUCGUCGUCUUCCACCCUCUCGUCGUUGUUGGCGUGCUCGUCGUCGUCCUCGCCUUUGUCGUGUUCAUGCCCAUUGUCAUCUUCCACCCUCUCGUCAUUGUCGGCGUGCUCGUUGUCGUGCUCGUGGUUUCUGUAUCUGGCGAUGUUUCUUGGCUUCAGGGAAUGAAAACGUACCAUGUUGUGGCCGCCUGCUUUGAGAGUUGA